AUGCCUGAUGUUCAUGGUGUCCUCAUUAUCGCCCGCAAUGGUGACCGCACGGAGUUUUACCAAGAUCCGUAUACCUACGAGCCCUCUUACACCGAGUCCACACCUCUCGGCGCUGUAGAAUCACACCAGCUUGGCUGCCAUUUGAGAUCGACGUACCUGAACCCCUCUUCCCCGUCGCACAUCCAAGGCAUUCGUGCUGACCUCGUGCAGAACGAUCAAGUGCUUGUCCAUGCCAAGGCUGGUGGAGAAGGCACUGCAGUCUUUGAUAGUGCCAUAGCCGUCCUGCAAGGCCUCUUCCCGCCAAAUUCUGGCAACCUGAUCCACCUCGCCAACGGAUCGGAAAUUGUCACUCCACUCGGGGGUUACCAAUACAUUCCAGUCGAAAUGGCCCCGAGCAACGUUGACCGCGCGCUUGAGUCCUGGACUGAGUGUCCGGCAUUCGAGCAGCACAUCAAGAGCGUGUAUGCAUCUGAGGGAUUCAGGGAGACAGUGAAAUCUUCAGGACCUUUCUUUGGCGCCGUUCGCGACUACGUAUUCGGGAGGUCUACGGCCUUGGAAAACGCUAUCUAUGACUUCAUUAACGCGCAACUUACGCACAACCAAACCUAUGCGUACCGUCUUCCGCCAACUUUCAUUGAGCAGGCCCACGGAUAUGCUAACUACCACGAAAACGCGAUCUUCUCGGAUAAGGAAACUGGUGGAAUUGGAAAUAUUGCUGGUCGUACUAUCCUUAACACCAUUCUUCACACCCUUCAACGCAUCACUUUUGACGAGGACCCCUUGAGGUUGCUUCUCCUUGAGACGAGUUACCAGCCAUUCAUCUCGCUAUUCCACAUGCUGGAGUUAGUCAAUGAGCACCCUCAGCUCGCUGCUAUUCCGAACCAUGCAUCUGCCCUUGCCUUUGAGAUUCUUCGUGGACCUCCACCUGAACUUCGCGAAUUCCUCCGCAUCAAGUUCAAGAACGGGACCAACGAGGAAUUCCAGACUUAUCCUGUUUUCGGUCACCAAGGAGACAUAGCGGUGACAGAAUUCUUGUAUCGCCUCGAGAACUUUGCUAUCUCGAGCCAAAAACAAUGGGAAUCUGCGUGUGGAAUCCAUAGCGGCUACUUCGGCAUCACGUCUGCUACUGAGAGCAUGAACAUGCUGUUCGCUGCAUUCUCAGUAUUCUUGCUCCUUGGUGUGUUUGUUCUGUCAUGGUUCAAGCGCAGGCGGGACACAUAUGUUCCUGUUCGUGAAGUGGUGAGUCGCUUUAAUGUGUGCUGUGUUCGGUUGACUUACGAAUACGGCAUGUAG